AUGAAGGAUAAACGUACCGUUGCUCACGUGGCCGCAAUGUAUGCCAACGAUGAAAUGGUUGAUGUGCUUAUCAAGAAAGGUAUCAAACUCCUCUCCAUUAUGCCUGUCGACGAAAUUCGUCUCGAGCUUGUCGUAUUGUCGGUCUCUUGUUAA